AUGUGGCUCAUCCCCUUCUUGGGGGACCUCCUGGCCGCCCACCCUUGGCUUCUGACGCUCUGCCUCCUCGCGGUCCUGAACGCCAAAGUCCUGCCGGGCGCCUGGACCCUCCGCGUUCUCUGGCAGUACAACGUCAGCUAUUACGCCUCGAGGCGACGGACGCGCCCUGCACCGCUGCCGACCAACCCAGACCGCCGCGUCGCGUCCUGGCAUCAUGGCCCUGGCUCCUCGACAGGGUCGCAUCCCCUUUUUCAGGCCGACAGGAUCAGGAGCCAUGUGGCUCUGCUCGAGAUCGACAUCAACCUGCACAAGUCCAACGCCACCUUCUUCACGGACCUCGAUGUGUCGCGGAUCCGCCUCAUGGCCCGCCUCAUGGCCCCGGCGUGGCCCAUGGACAAGAUGCAGAUCGAGUACACGGGCCGCGACGGACAGCCGAGGAGGGAGACGGUCCGCGGCAGGGCCGCCUUCAUCCUCGGCUCGGCCCACACGACGUUCCGCAAGGAGAUGAGGGCGCUGGCGCGGUACGAGGUCCAUUCCGCCCUCCUCGCCUGGGACACGCGUUGGCUCUACGUCGGGUCGUGGUUUGUCGCGCCAGGGCAGAGCACCACCAUCUACGCCGCGAGCCUCUCCAAGUAUAUUCUGAAGAAGGGACGCAUUACCGUGGCCCCCAGCCAGUUUCUUGAAGAGGGCGGGUGGAUCCCACCAGCGCAUGCAGACGACGAUGAGCAGCACGGGGCCAGAUCGCGUGCGUGGUCGUGGCAGAACGCCGAGACGCAGAGAGCGCGCGGCAUGGAGACGGUCAGGGGGUGGGCCAGCGUCGACGACGGCCUGGUCAAGGCGUACGCCUCUGUCUGCCAUGGCGAGUAG